AUGAGAAAAGAGGAUCAGGAUUCUCAGAGGUUCUUAUGGAGAGGUUUGGACAAGUCCAAGGAACCGGAGGUUUAUCGUUUAACAACGGUGACUUUUGGUCUCACUUCAUCACCAUUCUCAAGUAUCCAGACGAUUCUUGACCACGUGAAGACAAAGAAGGAAUCAUAUCCAAAAGCUGUCGCUGAGAUUGAAGACAACAUCUUCGUUGAUGAUGUUCUUACUGGUGAGGAAUUAGUAGAAGACGCGGCAACUUUAACAACUGAUUUGAAGACUGUUUUGUAUGACGGAGGGUUUUCUUUGCGAAAAUUUAUUUCGAACAAGCCAGAGGCGCUAUCUCAUUUAGAAGAGAGAGACUUAGCUUCAUUUCACAAGGUUGCAACAUUUGCCGAGGAAAGCACAAAGACGCUGGGCGUGAAAUACUCACCACGUGAAGAUGUCCUCAUGUUUUCCUUCCUUGAGAGAAUGGACGAUAGGCCGGUGGAGACUCGUCGUUCUGUUCUACAGCAGUUACACAGAGUAUACGAUCCGUUAGGAAUGCUUUCUCCGUUCACCAUAAAGGCAAAACAGAUUUUCCAGAGAACAUGGCUGACACAAGGGACAUGGGACGACCCUUUACCCGAGGAGCUAGAUCAUGAAUGGAGGGCUUGGAAGGAACAAGUUGAGAUCCUCGAUGGAAUCAAAGUUCCUCGAUGCCUCAAACCUGAAGAUUUCCAGAAUCCAAUUUACUCCCUCCAUGGUUUUGGCGAUGCGUGCGAAGCUUCCUACGGCAGUGCAAUCUAUCUCUUGGCUGAAGAUAGACCAUCUGGAAGGAAGUAUUCUACACUGCUCUUUUCAAAGACUCGUCUGUCUCCUAUUGGGAAGAGACGUAGCAUUCCUGAGCUGGAACUCAUUGCCGCGCUCAUCAAUGCUAGACUGGUGACAUACGUCAGAAAUGAUCUCAAGCUGCUGAUAGAGAAGACAAUCUGUUGGACUGACUCUCAGGUCGUGUUGCACUGGAUUUCAAAGCCAGCGUAUACAUGGCAAGUUUUCGUUGCUAAUCGGGUGUCAGAGAUUCAACAGCUUGUUAGACCACUGAAUUGGAGAUACGUUCCCGGCAAACUUAAUCCUGCGGACCUAUGCUCACGAGGUGUCACAGCGAGAGCAGUGGUCGACUCCGCACUGUGGUGGGAUGGACCACUGUUUCUGAGGCAAAAGGAAACGGAGUGGCCCCCAAUAAUUGUGGUCUCUAAUGAAGCCGAGAAGGCUAACGAGAAGAAGAAGACAACAAGUACCUCGUUGGCGGUUUUGCCCAGUCAAAGACUCAAGGACUCCGAGGUAGAACAAUAUGUGGAGAAAUUUUCAGACUAUGAGAAAUUCAUCAGAGUCAUGAUGAGAUUGAGGAGUUGGAUCACACUAUACCGAAGAGACAAAGCAAACAAAGAUGUAGACACUGUCCCAGAUGAGGGGAGUGAUCGAUUGAGUGAGAGGAGGAAGGAAGAACUUCAUUGGAUACAAUGGGCCCAAGAGAAGCAUUUCCAGAAGAAGAUGAAGAAGCUUAAAGCUGGAGAGAGUGUAGAGAAGACAAGUGUCAUCGUCCAAUUGAACCCAUAUUGGGAUAAGCGAUCACAAGUUAUCCGCGUAGGUGGUCGCCUCAACUAUGCCCCACUGCCAGAAGAAGUGAAGCACCCAAUCGUUCUUCCGACUCACAAUUCGUUCGUGAAGAUGCUUGUGAUGCAUUACCACAAGAUUACCUUGCAUCCUGGAGCGGCUCAGACUCUAGCAAGUCUACGAAACAGAUAUUGGGUUGUCCAUGGGAAACAAGAGGUGCGGCGGAUACUCAAUACGUGCAAAACCUGUCGAGAACCUCUCAAGAUCGACCAACGAAUGGCACCUUUGCCAGAGGAGCGUAUAUCAAUCGCACCAGCAUUCACUUAUGUCGGUGUCGAUUUUGCGUCAUUACGUUAA